AUGGCAACCUCAGCAAUGCGUCUAGAAAUAGACAAGAACAUCUGGCAAAGCAAUCACGUCUUGAUGAGUCGGUUUGUAUCCAAAUUGGAACAAACUGCACCGGUGGCCAUACCGACUCUACAUAAGAUGAGGGUAGGCAUACAUGACCAACAGCCAGAGCGUUGCAUGCCACUUGUGGAUGCGGAGCUCAGACGACGACAUGAUCAAGCGAUCAACGAUUGCGGUGAUGAUGAGAAGGACAAGCUUAUCCAAAUCAGUCUGUACAUUAGUGAUCUAGAGCUCAUGCGUUCUCGAUUGGAAAAUUGUGAGGAUAUCAUAGAGUUCACUACACAAUGUAAUGAUCUAUUCUUAGCUACGUCAAUGCCAUUGUAUCAGUAUCCAGCACUAGCGAGAAGACUAUUAGACUCCACUGAUGCAACGGAGAAAACCAAAGCAGUUCUCAAUAACAUAAGAGACUCUGAGACACAAACAACCAGGCACUUCACCGAUCCAGAGCAGUUCAAUAGAAUCAUUACUGAUCGACUCAGAUCGCACCCAGUAGACUAUAUAUUGGAGAAGUUUAUCAAUGACAUGCAGAAUAAGAAGAUGAAUGUCGAAGUGCGCACCGAGCGUGUACAUAAGACAAUGGCAAUGUUAGAAGAGCGUUAUUGCAACUCAGACAAAGAACCCAUACACUUACAAAUCCUCAAAGUACAAAGGUACCUAGCACUGAAGUACUAUGGACUACAAUCAGUAGUGGACAAAGACAAGCAACCUGAUGGAAGUGAAGGACACUUGUCUGACAUCGAACAUACCAAGUUUUAUACUAUGACUGAGAACCACAUACGCAUAGCGUCAGUAACACAAGCUGAGCGUAUGUUGAGGGAUCAGGCGCGAGCUGCAAAUAAUGCAAAUAAACGCAACAAUACGCAGGCGAACACGCAGGUGGAGGAUAACUUUAUGAACGCCAACAAACGUCAUAAGACAGACAAUGGUACGCACAACCAGCACAAGCAAGGGGGGCAGACACAGAAACAGAAAGGGGCACGUGAAGAGCGUGCAUGCCCUACUGUCAUGAAUCGCCAUCCCCACAUCGGUACAGCGAAUGUCCCGAGAAGAAAGCAUAUCAAGCUAAGAAGGCUGCGCAACAAGCCAGGAAAGAUGUGCAGAUAG